UUAGAGUCCACAACCAUGGCCUCUUCACCACCUAUAAUAUUUGUCACAUCCAUUUUCUUGAUCUCAACCCUGGCAUUUGCACAGGAAGUAAAACCUCAUAACGACACUUCACCCUACGAAAAAGCUCCGUUUGCCUGUGAUGUCGACGCCAAUCCAGAGUUUGCCAAGUUUACCUUCUGUGACCAAAAGAAGCCGAUUGACGAGAGAGUGGCAGAUUUGGUGACGAGGAUGACAUUGAAGGAGAAAAUCGGAUACAUCAAGAGCAGUUCAAAAGAAGUGGAAAGACUUGGAAUUCCAUAUUAUAGGUGGUGGUCUGAGGCCUUACAUGGUGUCUCUACGACCGGUAACGGGUCUGAGUUCAAUUCGGCUCGUAACAUUAGUGGAGCUACUAGUUUCCCUAUGCCUAUCAACAUGGCCGCUUCUUUCAACGUUUCGCUGUUUUACGCCAUUGCAAGAGCGGUUGCCAAUGAAGCCAGAGCAAUGUACAAUGUUGGUCAAGCUGGAUUGACCUUUUGGUCCCCAAACAUCAACAUAUUCCGAGAUCCGAGAUGGGGAAGAGGCAUGGAAACUCCUGGGGAGGAUACAUUGUUGACAAGCGUAUUCGGAGUAGCUUACAUUAAAGGUCUACAACAACCUGAUGACAAUAACCCGGAAAAGCUUAAGGUCGCCGGUUGCUGUAAACACUUGACAGCAUAUGAUCUAGACGGCUGGAAGGGUUAUUCACGAUUCACUUUCAAUUCUGUGGUAUCAAAGCAAGAUUUGGAAGAGACAUUUAAUCCCCCAUUCAAGAGCUGUGUUAUGGAAGGGCAAGGGGCCAGUAUCAUGUGUUCCUACAACAAAAUUAACGGCACACCAGCCUGUGCUGACCCUGACCUACUGAAAGGAUUAGUCCGAGGCCAAUGGAAAUUAAACGGAUACAUAGUUUCGGAUUGUAAUGCAGUACAAUUCCUUUACAAUAGACAUGACUACGCGAAAACUAGAAUUGAGGCGGUAGCCAUGUCUGUAAAUGCAGGUUUGGAUCUGGACUGUGAUCAUGAAUCCUACGUAGGCAAAUUCGCUCAUAGUGCCGUGAAUGCUGGAUUAUUGAAGGUGCCAGAAAUUGAUAGGGCUGUCACAAACAACAUGAAAACAUUGAUGCGACUUGGGUUCUUUGAUGGUAACCCCCGCAAGGGUAUAUAUGGGAAGCUAGGCCCGAAGGAUGUGUGCACCCCUGCGACCGAGGAGUUGGCUCGUGAGACGGCUAGGCAAGGAAUUGUGUUGCUCAAGAACAUUAGAGAAACACUCCCUCUAAAUCCCACUAAUAUCAAGUCCAUGGCAGUAAUUGGGCCCAAUGGCAAUGCCACAAGAGCCAUGAUUGGCAACUAUGAAGGCAUUCCUUGCUCGUAUAUAAGUCCUCUGCAAGGUCUCUCAGCUUCAGUUAAAACUACCUUUGUGCGUGGCUGCAAUGUAACAUGUGAAGAACCAAUAUUGGAUGAAGCUAAGAAAGCAGCAGCUGCAGCAGACGCUACUGUUCUGGUAGUGGGCGGAAGUACAGAUAUUGAAGACGAGUUCGUUGACAGAGAGGAAAUUAGUCUUCCAGGAGAGCAAGAAAAAUUGAUUUCUGAAGUCUCAAAAGUAUCAAAGGGACCUGUCAUUCUUGUUGUAUUCUCUGGAGGAAGCAUGGAUGUUGGAUUCGCUAACACUGAUAACAACAUAAAAGGCAUCCUUUGGGCUGGUUACCCUGGUCAACAUGGUGGUGUAGCAAUAGCAGAUGUGAUCUUUGGCCGUUACAAUCCAAGUGGAAGACUACCCGUGACAUGGUAUCCAAGAGAAUAUACACAGUACUCCAUGGCAAGGAUGCAUAUGAGACCAAACAAGACCUCGGGAUUCCCUGGCCGGACCUAUAAGUUCUACACUGGACCUACCGUCUACCCGUUUGGGCAUGGUCUAAGUUACACUACUUUUGACCACCAAAUAGUUUCAGCACCAAAGGUUGUCAAACUUAACUCAGGCAAGAAAGGUAAUCCCAAGUCCGUUGAUGCUUCUGGAAGGGCUUGUAAGAAGUCAACUUUCGAAAUCCGUGUGAGAGUUAAGAACACAGGGAAAAUGGCCGGAGGCCGUCCGAUUCUGUUGUAUUCGACACCCCCUCCUGUACAUAAUCCACCACAGAAGAUGCUGGUGGCCUUUGACAAGGUGUUUUUGAAACCACAAGAACAGGCUGUGGUAAAGUUCCGUGUAAAUAUGUGCAAGGACAUGAGUGUGGUUGAUGAGCAAGGCAACAGAAAAGUAGCCGUAGGAAACUAUAAACUUCAGGUGGCAAAACUGAACCACACCUUGGAAGUGAGGCGCUGAAAUGAGCACCUAAGGAGAGAAGAGGACAUAAAUGUGAUCUCUUUGUAUGUCUUUUGACCUAUAUGCUAUAAAAACCCUUCGGUUUUUGUAGUUACGUCAAUAACUAGAAUCCAACAAGAAUUCUUGUUGGCUUUUAAAAAUAAACAAAAAAAAAAAAUUCUAAGUAUUUAUUCCAAUCACUAUUUUCCACAUUAGAUAACGUUAUGUAGUCGGUGAAAAAAAAUCAACAAUUAUAUAAUUUUUCAUUAAUAAUAGUUAUUUAAAUGUGUGAAUUGAAAAUUUUUAUAAACAAGAGACAGUCCAAGUAAAAUAAGGCAAAAGUGUUUUAACAACCUAUCGAAUAAAUAGGAGUCAAAAUUUGAUAAAAACUCAC